AGGAAACUUAUAUUGAGUUGUAACUAAUUCUAUUUCAAACAGGAGUAUUUUUCCAGCGAGCUGGUGGAUGGGAGUUGCCAUGGAGAUGACAGGACACGUGGGUGGAGGGGACAGAGGGAGAAGACAGGAGGAGGUUCAUGUGUGGAGUAAGGAGUCAGAGAGACAGUGUUUAUGAUGGAGAGCAGGGAGAUUGUUCUCCUCUAACUCCUGCCGUUCUCUGUAAUAUUAAGAUGACGAUGAUGAUGCGUUCAUGCGAGCUCAAACUGUCCUGGCUGUGAGUUUACUUUGCGGCUCUUUGUCUGUGUCUUUGCGGUGCGCACUGGGUCUGGAUGAUGGAGGUGCAGGUGGAGAGCUGCUGCUGCUGCUGGCUGCUCCUCCUGCUCUGCUGCAUGACUCUGCACAGCUCGGCCAUCGAGACCGUCAAUGUGGUGGACUUCUGCGGUCAGACAAUCCGAGGUGAUGGCAUGAUUGUCAACUCACACCAGGAAUCCAAGAAGUACUACUUUGUCACCAUGGCGACCGACUGCCACCUCACCAUGCAGGCCAUCUCUCCCAAAGACAAAGUCCAGUUCCACUUCCGCUUCUUCCUGGUCUACAGUUUGCUGCGAGUGGCCCCUCUUAGUCCGGCCCCUCUCUUCCCAGAGUCUCCCCGUGACUCUGUCGCCCUCAACCCGAGACUGGAGCCCACCUCUGGUGAAAGCUCGGGGGACCCGUGCCACGCUGGCUCAUAUGUUCAGUUCUAUGAUGGACGCGAUAGGAGCUCGCCUCCCCUCGGGCCUCCUCUUUGUGGGAAGAGCCCGCCUCGGCCUGUGCUGUCAACAGGAAACUACCUGACGCUGAGGCUGGUGACCAGAGGGACUCAACCCAGAGUGGACUUUGUGGGGGACUUCACCUCCUUCAGACUAGGUUUCAACCAAUCAGAGUGCAGCAGUGAGCCCUACUUCACCUGCAGGAAUGGAAAGUGUAUCCCCCUCAGCCUGGUGUGUGAUGAUAAAGGCAUUGACAACUGUGGGGAUGGAAGUGACCUGGAGGAAAACCUGACGACUGGCUGCAAAGGUCAACUUUUACCUCCUGAACCUCCACCGCCUAUGGUCACUACACCCCCAACCUUUGUGAGUCCACCCACAAUGCCACUUCCGACUCAUAUGAAUUGUGGCGUGCCAGACAGCGCUCCCAGCCAUGAGUCAGUAACAGACUCUCCUUCCUCUCUGUCCCUGUUGGUUCUCUACAUCAUCCUGGCUGUGGUGGCAGGUGGCCUGGUGCUGUGCUGGUGCUGCUGGUCACCUGGCUGGUUCCUGUGGCGCAUCAGUGUCUGUCGCUUCUUACCCUGCUGCAACUUGGCAUGCGCCUCCUGCCAGCUCUGCUCCCGUAACUGUAUCCACAGCAAGGAGCACCGACUGGCAAAGGUGACGCCACACACGCCGGGCAACGGGAUCCCGACUGGCAUGGCAGCCACUGGCAACAGUGCGGAUGAGAAUGUUACUACUGCAGCUGUUUAGAAAAGGACUGUUGAAGACUCUUAUGCUGAGCCAUGAUCAGUGUGGACAUGAAUAGCAAUCCUUUCAGUGCAGGUUGGACCGAUGUGGUCCAGUGUACCAGAGCUAAAGGCGACUGGUUAAACUGUGGUUUGUGUGCUUUAACAGUUCUGUCUUGCGAAAAAUACAUUCCCACACAACUAAUUUGCCGUCUCAGUUAUGUUUCUUGAGGAAUUUUUUUUUUUCUCUCUGGAUUAUUUGAGGUGAAAUUCUCACAUGGAGUUGGUGGUGAGAAGUCGCCCAAGCAGCCAAGCACAGUUCGAGACCAAGCGUUGGAGGAUCUGUUGCUGAUUUUUUUGCAGCGUUAUCAGGACAUACCAGUGUGUCUUUAUGGAGAGCAAGACUUCUGCCAGACCACAUACAGUAUGUGAUGGGGUUUCAUUUAGAACCCAAACAGGUGCUUUCUGUGUCUAAACCUAACCACAUACUGAAAACGGUUAUUAUCACCUUCAUUUCAGUUCUUAACAUAAUUGAGAAUGCAGUUUAGUGGUGUGGAAAUGUCACUUUUAGGGGGCAGAAGGUAGAGCAGGGUACAGUGUGACGAUGGAUUGUACGAACAUGUGAAUGUAUGUGAAAGGUAAAUAAUGAAGCGUUCUUUGACUUAAGAAACAUGCUCACUGCACACUUUUCUCACACAUACUAUAAUGGAAGCAUGCGCCGCUGUUUAGAGACUCUCAUGAACAUUUCAAAAAUGCAGCUUUGUCCAAGACCUAGACCAUUCCCUGUCUUAGAAGUAACAGUUAAGUGACACAGUGUAACUCCAGUUUACACCAAAGGUCUGACAUGGACACAUGUUGAGGACGCAGCCACAGAACUACAGAGUCAAAACACCCGCUGACAACAGCUGUUCUCCCCUGGAGAAAUUCCUUCAAGCACUCAACUCUCCUCCCAGCAGUUCAUUGUCAUACCUCAUACUGUUUAAGUCAAUGUGAGGUCUGUACAGAGGAGCACAAAUCAUUACAGCUUUAGAAAUAAAUAAGUAAGUAAUUAUGUACAAACAAUACAUAAAUGUACAGCAAAUUGAACAGAAAAUUGUGCCACAUAGUUCUGCAAAAACAUAGAUUAACAAAACUGUAAGAGUGAAAAUCAGUGGUUGGAAUGUGUACAUUUUAAAAAAUCUAAAUGAAAUCAAAAUUAAUAAUGACAAUGAGCAAUUUCAGUAAAUAUAAAGGCUAGAUGAAUAGGAAAAAUGGUUAAUUGUUGGAUGCAUACCCAGGCAAUUUAAUACUAAUAUUUGGGAUGAGGUUUUGUGUCCUAAUCCACUCCCACCAGACGAGAAUAAACAGAGAAACUCAAUUAAUUUGCAGCACAGGCAGUUGUUAAGAAAGCUGGAAUUGCCAACUUUCCACAAAAGGGCCAUGUGUGUACAGCUACUUAGUAGAAGGACCAAUAGAAGCAUUGUCUUACUGUGAAUUGCCCUUUGAUUGGUCAGAAGUCCCCACGGAUGGAUACAGACCACAGAGGACGAGCAGGAAUCUAGUUCCCUCUCAGAUCACUUGAUUCAGAUUGCAGAUUGCUCUUACCAGAGCUUGAGAGUUGAAAGCCUGACAAAAUGACAAUGACUAUGCAAUGACCCACCAACCCACUCACAAAUUGAGUAAAGUAUUAUUGAGUAUUAUCAUUCUAAAACCAUUAACAUCAAUCUGCUUGUGUGCCGUGGGGGAUGUCCUCACAGACACAACAAAAUACUACCAUACUAAGAGAAAGAGUCACACACACGGAGAGAAUCGCAUGAAGCCGCAAUCGGCAUUGUGUAAAACAAUGGUUUUAAUGCAGCAGCCAUUUGGUUUUAUCAAAAAGUUACACACUUACAGCUUUAAAUAAACCUUUGUGCUUGAGAGAGCUGAACUGCACUGGUACUGCUGCUUUCCAGGCCUCAUAGACAUUAAAAAGUAUAGAUUCUGUCCCUGUUCUGUCCAUGUGCACAGACUGAGCCUCCAUGUGUUCAUGUGUCUGCCAGGGAAACUUUCUUGGUAUCCUCUAGAUGGAGUAGCUUCAUAAACUUUCCUCGCUCAGACUCACUGAGAGUGAGUGUUGCGCAACCCCAUCUCACAGCUGGUUUGACUAUUGUCCUAAAGGCAUAAGAACAAACACAGUGUUUUCAGAACUCCAGGUUUGCGGGAAGCAGCACGCUGACACGUGUAGCCUACAUGAUUAGUCUCUCUUCUCAAUCUGGACAGGAAUGUACACGCAUCGUUACGUUCAUUAGACAACACACACACAUACUGUACAAUUCACAUCCACUGAACUCUGAGCUCCAAGAAAGACUGUCCUCACAUUUGACUUUACAAGUAUAGAUCAGAAUUGUUGAAAUGUUGUUGUAUGAAGCGCCGUGUGUUUUACAGACAGAUGACUGCGCUUUGUCAAAUGGGUCAAGAAGGCGCACGCAAAGUGAAAACAUGGCUGCCACUGAACAAAUAAAAUCUACACCAGCAUAAGUCUAAGAUAUUUUGAUAUCUGUUGCUUUACCUCGCCAUUAAGACAACCAACCGACUGCACACUCCCCUGCACUAAAACCCAUAGUGAAAACAACAGGAGUUGCUGAUCCAUUGCUUCCACCAUCAUAAAGUCAAAAUGCGUUAUUUGGUUUAUUUGGUGUGUGAAAUCCUCUGGUCCGCAUUUACCUCUUCUUCUCUGUAAGCUGCUCUCAUCAACUUUGUCUCCAGCGGCAAAAUUCAACAACGAAACUAUCAAAAAGUAAAAGUGCUGCUCGUCAGCAGCUCGUCAGCAUACUGAAGUGGAUUAUAACUGGAUAAUUGGACGAAGAACACAGACUUCACUGACAGCAGCAUCAAGGUUUGUCCAAAUUAGUUUCUGAGUGCCAUUAUUUAAAUGGCUAAUUGGUCUUAAAAGUUAACAAAAAUAUAGAGACAGUUGGGUUCUGAGUUCAAAUCCUUGUCUCUAUAUGCCUUCCUGAAGGGAAUCUCCAACACCUUUGUUGUACCUUUAAAGCAGGUUAGUUUCAUAUCUUAAUAAAGAUCUUGAAUGAACCGAUGUGCUUGAAAGGAAAGACAUUCAUCACAUUUCAUCUGAAAUUCAUGACACUUUCAUGAACAAAGCAGACACAUGGCACGUCUGCUAACUGCACCAUAAUGUAAAUAAAGAAGAACUGUGUUAAUUAAUAUUAUUAAGAACACAAAAAAGGUUUUCUUUCCCUUAAAUUAUACAGUUUGUAUGUUAUAUAAAGGUUUUCUAGUUUUUUUUAAUGUGUAGUACUUAGAGAUGGACUAACGGUGCACUUAGUGUAAGUUUUG